AUGAACUCUUUCAUUGUAUUUCUGCUUGCCGCCGCUCUUCUCAUUGCCACCUCUUCUGCUUUUGAUCGCGUCGACUCCAGAAGUGCUCAGAACCUGAAUCACCCGAAGAAUCUGGGAUGGAAAGCUCCGGAGGGGUAGGUUUUCGGGAAGUUUCUGCAGAAAUCGCGGAAUCUUGUGUUUCAGACAUCGUGAGAAGCGAUACGGAGGAUGGGGAGGCGGCUAUCCGGGCGGAUUCUACGGCGGCGGAUAUCCGGGAGGAUACGGUGGAGGAUACGGUGGAGGAUACGGUGGAUACGGCGGCGGCAACUACGGUAGCAGUUCGUGGGGAACGUACUCGAGCUACCGGGCCGGCGGAUACAGCAGCUUCAACAACGGAUUCUGGGGACGGUAG